CAGUUUGAGGUGUCCAUGUCACAAUUGGUCAAAGUGGAUGAAGUCAAUCAGAUCAUGGAGACAAAUCUGUGGCUGAGACAUAUCUGGAAUGACUACAAACUCAGAUGGAAUCCAAAAGAAUUUGGAGGCGUUGAGUUUAUCCGAGUGCCGUCCAACAGGAUAUGGAAGCCAGACAUUGUGCUAUACAACAAUGCAGUUGGAGAUUUCCAGGUAGAUGACAAAACAAAGGCCCUGCUUCGUUACAAUGGUGAUGUUACCUGGAUCCCUCCAGCUAUAUUCAAGAGCUCCUGCAAGAUUGACGUCACUUACUUCCCCUUCGACUACCAAAACUGCACCAUGAAGUUUGGCUCCUGGACAUAUGACAAGGCCAAGAUCGAUCUGGUGCUAAUUGGCUCAACCAUCAACCUCAAGGACUUCUGGGAGAGCGGCGAGUGGACGAUCAUCGAUGCCCCCGGUUACAAACAUGACAUAAAGUACAACUGCUGUGAGGAAAUCUACACGGAUAUCACUUAUUCUUUGUACAUCCGCCGUCUGCCACUUUUCUACACCAUCAACAUGAUCAUCCCCUGCCUCCUCAUCUCCUUCCUCACCGUGCUUGUCUUCUACCUGCCGUCUGAUUGUGGUGAGAAAGUCACUCUGUGUAUCUCCGUCCUGCUGUCUUUAACUGUCUUCCUCCUCGUUAUAACAGAGACCAUCCCCUCCACCUCACUAGUCAUCCCCUUGAUUGGCGAGUACCUCCUCUUCACCAUGAUCUUUGUCACCCUCUCUAUUGUCAUCACUGUUUUCGUGUUAAACGUCCACUACCGCACACCAAAGACCCACACUAUGCCCUGCUGGGUGCGGACUGUGUUCUUGGGACUGCUGCCCAGGGUGAUGUUCAUGACUAGGCCAGAGAGGGACCCCGGGCAGGUGACAGUGCCUGGCAGUGUUAAGACCAUGCAUUCAAGGCCCUGUGCCAUUCAUUCGUCAAGUACUUUGCAGAAGCAGCACAAACCUCAGGCCCUGGCCUCCAGCGUGGUGUCCAGUCUGACAAACCGCCAACGGCUUUUCAACAACACAGAGCUCUCCAACCUCAAUAACUUAAGUGGAGACCCGGCCAAAGGUGCAGGCUCCGCGUUUUUAUGCUGUGAGGGCCGCUGCAGCUGUGGCUGGCACCAGCGAUCCAGCAAACUGCCUGCAGACUCCGGGGGUGGGAGUGGAGGGCUGGGUAGCCUAGGGCCACUGACUGGAGGCAGUGCUGUUGGGGCCGGAGGGGGGAGUCGGUGCUCCAGCUCCGAGUCUCUGGAUGGAGGAAUCAUGUCACUGUUGCCGCUCUCCCCUGAGGUCAGGGAGGCGAUCGAGAGUGUCAAAUACAUAGCAGAGAACAUGAGGCUACAGAAUGAAGCAAAAGAGGUUCAGGAUGACUGGAAGUACGUUGCCAUGGUUGUCGACAGGAUCUUCCUGUGGGUUUUUGUCCUCGUGUGCAUCCUGGGUACAGCUGGCCUCUUCCUCCAGCCUCUAUUACUUGUGGAGGACAUUUGAAUCAGUUUAACAACACUACUGUUGAACUAUUCGUUACAUACAAGAUUCUCACCAUGGCUUGGACAGAGGAAAUCUAGAAGGGAUCCAAAGUCAAGAAGGAAGGAUGACUGUGCCUGCCAAAUGUUGAUGCAUAUGAUUUAGUGACUGCUUUUUCACAGACAGAUUACUGGUAGAUGAUUUUUGUUUGACAAAGUGGUUUAGUGGUUUCUUCUGAGA